UGGGUACACAGUGUACGUCAUACAUUAGGGGCGGGGCUUAUGAGAGCUCUCAAACAGUUAGACACAGGAGCCAGAGCGACGCACACGGCAAACACCAGGCUCCGGAGAACAAAGCGCAACUGAGAAUGUCUUUGGGUGACCAGCAGUGGUAUCCCACCAGCGUUCAGGUAACGGUGCUUAAAGCACGAAACCUGCGGAUCAAGGGCAAGAAUGGCACGAACGACGCCUAUGCCAUCAUGCAGGUGGGCAAGGACAAGUUUUCCACGUCGGUCGCGGAGAAAUGCGUGUCUCCCGAGUGGAAGGAAGAAGCGACGUUCGACCUGCCUCUGAUCCAUCAGGGGGACGCGGAGCGGGGCACGCUCUACAUCAUCGCCAUGCACCGAGCCCUGGUGGGGCUCGACAAGUUUUUGGGACAGGCUGUUAUCAACUUACUUGACCUCCACGCCAACAGAUCACGCAAAAAGACUGACUGGCACAAACUGGUGGAUAAGAAUGGGAAACAGGAGAAGGACCGAGGGGAAGUUCUUUUGGACAUUCAGUUCAUGAGGAAUAAUCUGACAGCCAGCAUGUUUGACCUCUCCAUGACAGACAAGCCUCGCUCCGGCAUCAGCAAGCUCAAGGAUAAAAUUCGUGGCAAGAAGAAAGACGGCCUGUCGGAUUCUGCCUCUGCGAUCGUGCCCUCUUCAGUGGGAACAGACAGUGAAGAGGAAGGAGAAGGCAGUUCGGACAAUCCUAAGAAGAAAUCAAAACUCAAAUCCUUGUUUGGACCAAAGACAAACCUCCAAAGGAAUGUGUCCCAGUCCAUGUCAACCCUGGGCACCCUGCCUGAGAAGAACAGUUCACUCACCAGCAGCAGAUCCUCCGGCCUUAAUGUGGACUCUCCUGAUGGGAAAAAGAAGUUUAAAAUACUCGGACACAAGCGCACUGAGAGCUCAGAUAGCAAAGUGUCUCUUGGCCCGUUUUCUCUUCUGAGCCGCUCUAAACAAAACAUCCAGGAUCCGAAUGCUCUCUGUAUCAACGGCAGCCACGUUUAUGCAGAGGAACAAGAACCUAAAGCUAAUUUAGGCUCCACACUCAGUCUGAACAGCUCAGGAAAGGGUUCGGUGGAGGAUGUUCGCAAAUCCCACCAACGAAAUAUUUCGGACCUCUCCAUCGACUCACUUAAAAGCUUUAGUAUCCCCUCAUAUAAGCCUGAAGUGCAAGACAAAGCUUCUCUUGAUAGGAGUCAUGUAGAGAUGGAGGAGAAGGAAAGGAAACCUGAAGGAAGAAGCCUGCAAGAGAUGCUGAACCAACAGGUAGAUCAAGAGCAGAGGAGGCAGCAAGAACGAGAGAGAAAACAAGAGGAAGAGAGGAAAAGCAGGCUUGAAGAGCAGGAGAGGAAGCGCAAGGAAGAGGGAGAGCUGCAGAAGAAGCUGCGUGAGGAGGAGAUGCAGCGAGCUGAGGAGCAGAAGCACCAGGAGGAGAGCAGAGUAACCGAACGACUCUCCUCUCUCUUCGGCAUUGGAAAGAAGAAGGAGGAGAAGAGAGAGGAAGCUAAGAAUGAACCCAAACGUCUAGAUGUGCCGUCCUCCACAAACCCGUUUGAAGACAUUCCCCUGACCCCAGAUACUCCAUCCUCUAUCCCAGAAGAGAGGUCCACGGACUCACGGAGGGGUGUCAGGACCAUCCUCAGCCCGACACCAACCGCCAGUGCUUUCCCCAAUCGCAUAGCAAAAGUGUCUGCGGUCAAGCCAAGAUUGGCUCUGAGUGUACUGCCUGAAACCGAUAUUAGCCAUUCCCAAUCCCCCUCUGACUGUGUAGACACCCAGACCACUAUCCACGCUCCUCCACUUUCCCCAUCCCUCUCUUCUGAUCCGUUUGAGUCGUUUGGUAUGUUUUCUGAUCUUCAUUCUUCUCUGGCACCUGAUAAACCUCCGAGAACUUUCAGUGAGUUAAGUGAGUCCAGCAUGGAAAACCUCUCAGCUCCCAAAUCUGACAAGAAGCGAAAGGCUCCUCUACCCCCCGGUCAUCAUGGUAGCUCGUCUAAGACUGAAAGCCAUCCAGAUUUCGGGGAACAAGCGCAUACCCAGAACUCCAAAGAUAGUCAGAGACCUGAUCUUCCUCUCCCGGACUAUGAAACCCUCUUUCCUAAGAAGAGGCAUGGGGUGAUGGGUCAGACACGUUGGGACCAUCUUGUUGCAGAGGUAAACCAGAGAAACUGGGACUUCUCUGAAGAAAUGAAUGUAGAUGGACCUGAGAGGGCGAUGCCAAAAAAAUCUGUGAUCUUAAGGGACAGAACCUCAGUGAACCUUAACCAGCACCAAAGAAAUCAUGAGGCACCUCCCCCUGCUCCCACGAGGCACAGAGACUCACUCCUUCUACCCAAAGCUCAUGCUCCUGCGCCACCAGAACCAUCGGUUGAGACCAAUGUCCAACAUGGUCAUAUCAAAGAGUCUUUAUAUGCUACUGUCAAUAAGUCUGGAAAAUCUGCUAACAAGAAUAUGGAAAACAAUCCACCUCCCCCUGUCCGUAGUCGAUAUGUGCCUCAGGAGACCGAAAGGAAGUCUCAGACUCCUGAUGCCAUUACACAUCAACUCCCUCAGUCAAAAGAAAAGCCUACGCCAGCAGCCAGAUCCAUACAAAACGUAAAUUCAAAGACUGAUGAUGUGGCUAAAGACAUGCCUUCGAUCAAACCCAGACAACAGUCAUUAGUCAAGGACCCAGUCAGACAAGUCCAACCAGACAAGCAGGUAACAACUAAAGACAUGACAUUAGAAAACAACAUAGAUGGGAAACCACACAAGGGCCAGAAGGGAAGCAUUUCCACAGAUGGGUUUGUUGAAGUAGACCUCCUCAAAGCUGCUGAAAAUCAAAAGGAACUGGGGAAACUGGCUAAUGAACCUGAGGUGAAGGGAAUGAUUGCUCUUGAUCCAUUCCCAAAUGAUAACCUACUAUCUAAAGAUCCCUGGGCUUUACCACAGCAGACCACCACUGAAGAUGUCCUGUUCACUAAGGCUCCAAAGCAAAUGAGAAGUCCUGAAGAUCGGAAAUCAACCUUUGAUAAAAACGAUAGCAAGUCUGCAAACAAAGCUACACAUGAUCCAUUCACAAAUCUUUCAGAGAAAAGCACGGCACCGAAAUCAGAGCAUGGAAAACAAUCCCCCAGCUUCACCGAACAAGCCAGAGCCACAUUUCAAAGAAGUUUUUCACUUAAGAAGAAAAAUUCAUCUCGCCAAUACACAACUGAAAAAGCUGGUACAGAGAAUACUAGUCUGAAUAGAUCAGCUUCUCAGACUUCACAAGAUGCCGAAGAUGUUGAGCUGACUGUAACCAGUGUUGCUCCACCAAUCAGAACUGAUCCCACCCUAGUAACAUCUGAAUCCCCUAUAGGGGGCAAGAGUACUCUUCGUGCUUGGGUCUCGCCAUCAGAGGCUCAGCCAGUUGCACUGCAGAAUGCUAGUGGAAGUGCAGUUUCUAAUUCAAGAAGGCCUCACCCAGUGAAACCCAUGAGCACCGAGAGCCAGUCUUCCAGUGUGAUCACUGUCGGCAAAGACCCAAAGACUAUCACCAUCAAGGAAAUGGCUGGGAAGUCAAAGAAUGUAGAUGGCGGUGCAUACACUCAGCUCACACAGGAGGAACUGAUCAAACUGGUGGUGAAGCAACAGACCGAACUCUCCAAGAAAGACGCCAAGAUCCUGGAGUUGGAGGAAUACAUUGACAACCUGCUCGUUCGUGUCAUAGAGGAGAAACCGGCCAUCCUGCUUUCACUUAAUUCCAAAUGUUAGGGUUUGAUCCUAUCAUUUGAUGUAACCGUGCCCAGAUCACAACACUGAGACAGUUUAAUAUUGUGGGAUUUGGCUGAUCCAGCCAGAAGGAUUUCUCAUAAUCAGUUUAGUUGCUUGAGUAUUUAAUGAAUGUAGAGUUACUGGCAUAAGCGCAUUCUGAUUUCACCACUAAUAUCUUAAAAAUAACUUAUUUUUACAGUGUGGGUAUGUAUAGUAUAUUAAAUCCAGCAGGAAAAUGGCAGAAUUCUGCAGUCUGUCAGAUCAUCCUUUAAUAACUGGAUGCUCUUGUUUUUGUUUCGUUGGAUCAUGGUACAAGCUCCUCCUGAAAUGCUUCCCAACAACAAAUGCAUCCAUUUUGUUUUUGGAACGUUUUCUAUGUAUCUUUCCAUUUGAGAAGGGGCUUCUUGAUGCAUUAAAUCUUACAUUAAAUAAGCUUGUAUCUGAAGAUUUUCUUGACUGCAGUCUUGAGUCUUGAU